AUGUAUCUGUGUGGCAGUAAAAGUGAACAUAAUCAUGAACCAAAUCCUGAAAUGAUUACAGUUAGACAAGUACGUCACAACAUUAAAGAACGUGCUCUCAAAGAGGUGAUACCAAUCCCAAUGAUUUAUGAACAAGAACUUUCUAAAGCCUCGACAAACCCAACUACUCUGGCUAUUUUACCAACAAGCGAAGAAAUUUAUCCAUCUGUACUCAAAGUUCGACAAAAAGUCAUACCUUUGUUACCACAAUCAUGUUUCUUCGAUAUACCGGAUGAAUAUAAAACAACGAUUGAUGGACAACGUUUUUUAUUAGCUGAUGAAUCACUUAUUCGACGUGAACGCCUCCUGAUGUUUUCUAGUGAUCGUCAACUUGAUUUAUUAUUUCAAUCUCCUGUGGUUUACAUGGAUGGUACCUUUGCUAAAAGUCCACCACAUUUUAAGCAAAUCUACAUAAUUCAUGCCGUUUUUAUAGAUAUCUGUUUACCAUGUGUUUUUUGUUUGCUGAUAAAUAAAAAAGCAGUGACCUAUCGACAUAUUUUUGAUGAACUUAAACAAAUAGCAGUAAAUCGUGGCAAAAUUUUUUCACCAGCAAUGAUAAUGAGUGAUUUUGAAUCAGGUAUUAUACCAGUAGUAAAAUCAGAAUUUCCUACAUCAAAACAUAGUGCAUGUUUCUUUCAUUUUUGUCAGGCAAUAUAUCGUCAAAUACAACAUUUAGGAAUGCAAAAAGAUUAUUCAACAAAUGAAUCUUUAAGAUUGUUAUGCAGGAAGAUAAUGGCAUUAGCACUCAUGCCACGCGAGCAAGUGGUAAACAGUUUCAAUGAAAUUCAAGCUGAUGCUGAUCAACUACCUGAUCGUCCAAUGGCAGAUUUAUUAAAAUAUUUUGAACAAAAUUGGUUAAAUGACAUUGAUCUAUGGAACGUGUUCGCAUCCGAUAUACGAACAAAUAAUGUUUGUGAGGCUGGUGCAACAAAAAGAAAAAAUAUUCGAACAACAAGUACACAACGUCGUAUUGAUGUUCUUUAUAGUCGAUAUGCUAAUAAUCUUAUCAAUGUGUCAAAUCUUCUUCUCGGUUUAUCUUAUGUAGUUGCAAAAAAAUCUAAAUAA